AUGGUUGAUUUCCCACGCGCCCUCCCCGCCUGGCGUUGGUCUUGGGGAGAAGAGGAGGUCGAUCCAUUCAAACGCUUUCAUUCUGCCGCCUCUCAUGUUCACUGGCCUGCUGGCGGCGAUGUGGGUCUUCCGCCAAAUGCUCGGAGCGAGAGGAUCGAGACAUAUGAAAAAGAGUGUACGGGCGUCCGAUGGAGGGCGGAACGAACCCGUGCCGAAGACGGCACCAACAUAGCACUCGCGGUUGGAGAUGUCACUCUACCAGAUGGAAAGGCGAGUUCAGAGCCAUCAUCUCACAUAUACAUCUUAUACUUUCAGGGCAAUGCAUCGUCGCUUCCACCUCGUCUGCCGUACUUGUCAAAGGUCCUUCGGCCUAUUGCGAAGCUCGACGAGGUGCGCAAAGGAAGGACUCGUGUCACCAUGGUCUGUCUCAGCUACCGAGGCUACUGGACGUCCAAGGGAAGCCCAUCGGAGACAGGCAUCAACCAAGAUGCAGUCGCGGCAGUGAAAUGGGUUGCUCAGCUUCACGAGAACACCUAUGCGAACAACCAAGAUGACAGACUGGUGAAGCCGACACUGCUCUUAUGGGGACAAAGCAUUGGGUCGGGUAUUGCAACGAACCUAGCGGCUGCAUGUGCAAUGGAUGCGCCCAUGCCCGUGAGAGCAAUGAUUUUGGAAACACCAUUUCUCUCGGUGCGAGAAAUGUUGGUCAUCCUAUAUCCUUGGAAAUGGGUACCCUAUAGGUACCUCUGGCCUUUCCUUCGUAAUCAUCUGGAUAGUUGGAGGAAUCUCGGCACGAUCACCGAUUGUCACAGAGCGAAGAAUGCAACUUUACCAAAGAUAUUCAUCCUCGAAGCUGGGAAAGAUGAGUUGGUUCCCGCUGAGCAGGGAACAAGACUACAUCAGAGGUGUCUAGAGCUUGCAUUACCGGUCGAGAAAAAGACUGUCGCUGGUGCCUUUCAUAACGAGGCGAUCGUGCGACUGGAUGGCCGACAAGCGGUCACCGACUUCAUCAGCAGACAGAUCACGACACCGGCGCGGCGGUAA